AAAUUUGACUUGAGUUUUCUUGCAGUCAUUUAACGACAGAGACUGAUCACACGAACUGGGUGUUCUGCAGAGAUUAAAAAAGACAAAACUCAAUCAUGGCUGAAGCAUCUAGAAAAUCAAAGAUUUCUGCAUCCCGCAGACUUGCCCUUAAGACCAAGCUGCUGAAAACGGCAACUGUGAUGUUGGAGGAGGAAAAAGAGCAAAAGAAGCUGAAGAGAGAGACGACUUUGAGGGAGAGAGUCCCUCCACUUCAGCUGUCUGGUUUGUCUCUGCAGGACCUUCAGGCUCUGUGCAAAGAACUGCACCAAAAGAUUGAUGUGGUAGACGAAGAACGGUAUGAUACUGAAGUGAAAGUUGCCAAAAACAACAAGGAGAUUGAAAAUCUUUCUCAAAAAGUCUUUGACUUAAAAGGUAAGAUGAAGCGGCCUGCUCUCAAGAGGGUGAAGAUCUCAGCUGAUGCCAUGUUGGGUGCUCUGCUGGGAUCCAAGGUCAAAGAGUCUGUGGACUUUAAGGCAAAUCUGAAGACAGUGAAGAAAGAGGAGGAGAAGAAAGAGGAGGUGACUGAUUGGCGUAAGAAUGUGGAGGCCAUGUCUGGUAUGGAGGGCAGGAAGAAGCUGUUUGAUGCUGGACAAUAGAUUCACAUUUUGGACAGCACUUAAAAUAAAAUCUUAAUGUCAGGAUGCACAAUGAGUAACUACAAAGUGUAUGUUUUAGUGUCAGUGUGUUAAAAGACUUGCAAAAAUAUUAAUUGGAGUGAUGUUUUGCAAAUACACAAAUUGCACUUUGUUGAAGUUUUAUCUGGUUUGUAUGUUCACCACAGUCAGAAAACAGCAGAAUUUGCCUUAAUUCUUUAUCUUAAAAUGUCUGCAAAAUACCAUCAUCAUCAUAAUAAUAACAACAACAACAAUAAUAAUAAAAAUAAACUUCUGAUACAGAAAACUGUCACUGUACUUUUUCUUUUACAUCUUUUAUGAAAUUUUUUUAAAGCCACAAAGUUGUUAUAGCACACUCUAAAAAAUGUUUUGUUGGCUUAACGUAAAAAAAUUAAGGUAACAAUUUGCAUGGAUCUUUUUAAGUUACUUCAGCUUAGCCACUAUAGCGUAAAUGCCACAAGAGUUCUCUAGUUAGGCAAACUCUAUUCCUUACGUACAAACAACAUGAUUUGCUUUGUCCUCUACAAGCUUAAUUAAGUUGAACCAACUUAUUUUUAAUUGUUUAAAAAUUACUCCAUUUAGUUAUUAAAACUUAUUUUUUUACUUUUAUUCUACUCAGAAAUAUCCAUGCAAAUUGUUACCUUAAUUUUUUUGAGU